CUCUCUUCGCCGUAAAAAAAAACGGAUACCAGGCAAAUUUCAAGGCAAGGAAACAUUUUCACAGGCAUACGAGUCGUGUUCCAUCAUUAUUAAACUUUAGUUCUGCGAAAUCGUUCAAACUUUAUAGAUGCAUUGUUAAAAUUCGGUUGAUGCGUCUGUAAUAUCGGGGCACUUUCCAAAUUUCCUGUUAACCAAAGUUCGCCAGAUUGUUUCCUUGUUUUUUUUUCUUUUGAAUGCUCUUUUUUUUCAAUCAAUCAGAGUGAAAAUGCUUCGGGACAAGGUUAAUAGAUCUCAUUCUCUUGUUUUGUAUUCUAAUUUCACGGUGAAAAAUGUGCACUUUGACAUGGGAAUAAGGGGAUUCACUCCUUAAAGGAAUACCACCUUGAUUUAAAAAAAAAGUGGGUACACACCAUAUGCCAUAAGUGAAUUUGAUUUUUUAAACAACAUUUUCUGCUCCCAGGUGAGGCUGCAGGUCUUCCGUCGCGUUGUCGUUUUUUUUUUUUUUUUGCUACCCCCUCAAGGUCUCGUCGAUAAAAUACGAGUAACAGAGUGUGAUUUGGUGCGUGCAAAAUAUAAUCUGUUGUUGUUGUUGUUGUUGCCAUCAGCCUGUGGGUUCUGUAAUUUCAUCCCCUUCAAAAUAUAUGUGUGUUUUUUUUUUUUUGUUACAAUUAUUACGGUGAUUAAAUAAAUUAAUGUUCUCACAGCCAGCAGGCCUUAAAUGGUGUGAUGGUGAAAAUGAUGGGAUCGUGCAAAUGCCUAGAGCACGCUCCACAUGUAUAAUUAUUCGCUAAUUAAUCAAUUAGUAUUAAAUAAAUAGAGAAGAAAAAAAUUAAUGCUGGGAUGCUCAGAGAAAAUUUUGUGCUGUGUGUGUGUCUAUCUAACCAAGUGGAUAAUUCCUGUGAAUUGUUUGUUUUUUUUUUUUUCCACACAAAAUGUUUACAGUGAAGUGUUAUCCUUCGCAUGUGUAACAGCUUUUUCGGAUUAUUAUUGUUUGCAAUAAAGGAAUACUCAACUCGUAUCCAGACAACUGCACACAUAUACACACUUUUUAAGCUUCAUUUAGAAACAAAAACAAACAAAAUCUGAGUUAAGAAAAAUUCUGAAAGUAUAACGAUUUUGAAGAUAUAACAAGGAUAUUAUAACUGACAUAAGAAAUGGAAACGAAAUUGGAUUCCCGUCAAGGACAAUUCCCGGCGUCUUUUCCAGACACUUUCAAAGACUUUUUUGCAAUGAUGAACGAAGAUGAGGACCAUUUAGAUCUGUUUUCUAAUUUGCUCGAGGAUAAGGUGAUACCGCGAACAAAUAAAUUCAAUCAACGGCGUUGUGGUGGGAGCCUUCGGUGCACAAACAACAGCAGCCACAGUGCAGGACUUGGAGGUGGUGGCAGCCUCAACGUAGGCCGGUCAAAUUCUUUUCGUGUGAAUAGACCCAAUAACAGUGUUUCGACCAAUAGCAAUUUUUGUAAACACGUUAGAUACUGCUGCCUGCAUCAGCAAAAGCAGCACUAUUCACAGAAUUUUCUCGACUACAGCCAUGGCCAUGUGUGCCGCAGAGCAGCAGGUGAAUGCUGUGUUGAUGUCGGUGAUUCUAGAAACGAUGAGAGCUCAACGAAUAAUUGUGAGGGUAGUGGUGGACUACAAAAUGCGAAGAACCCUCGGCGAGCUAUUAUGGAGAGGUCUUUUGAGUUCGAUAGUUGCGAUGAGAGUGAUACAAUAAGUACAACGUCCUCGACACCAACCAUACCUUAUAGUGCUUUAAGCCGACAUCCUUUGUCGCAGCAGCAACAACAACAACAUCAACAAUCACAUCAGCUUCCCAUGAAAAAACUUCAUCCACAACAACAGCAGCAACAGCAGCAACAACAACAGUCCAAAGAGCACUAUUCACAUCACCAUCAGUCCCAGCACAAUCAAUCAAAAGGAUACCACCCCAAAGAGAGCAACACAACACUUCCACGAAUCGGGUUGCGUGGACUUGACAAUUCCACCUGCAACACCCUGGGAUCAGGUCCGAACAUCAACAACUGCAAUAGCAGCGUAUCAUUGCCUGGUCACAAUAAUGGUGGCAUUAUCAACAAUGGCAUUGCUUCAAAUUCGAUUUCGAUAUCAAAUAAUAAUUCGCAUUGUGCAACAGCGCCCACUGGCGGUGGUGGUGGCGGUAGUGGCAGUGGCAGUAGACCAUUAAGCAACGUAUUUAUGGAUUUGAAUUCCCCAACUGAACGACUGUCAACUUCCAAUAUGCUUAGCAGUGGCAGCGGAAAUCCGGCCAAUAGGGCGGGGAAUAUACGAGCCUUGAAAUCACCAAUAUUAAAUCGUAGGCGUUCCUCGUCAAUAGUAUCGAAUCUCUUGACAGCGGAUAUUGGCGGUUACCGGAAUACAGACGAAACUAUUUCCCGCAAUCAUUCUACAAUUCCACAUAGUAAUACAAGGGAACGGAUAUCACAUGUCAAAUCUCCCGUUAACGUUAAAGGAAAAAUUUCCUCCUCGAUGGCAGUUGAGUCGAGUGGAGGUGUAUUGACAUUCAAGCAAGCCAUGUCUGGGGCUGUUUCACCCCAAUAUACCGCUACAUCACCUUUGCAAAUGAUGGGUGGUGGUAUUGGUGGCGUUAGCGGCGUCGGAAACGGGUCAAACAAUGCAAUGACAUCCGUUUUGGAGGCAACAACAGAUGGCAGCAUAUCACCGUCUCCGUCAGCCAAUGUAAUCCGAGGCGACAGGGGUGAUUCUGGAGGAGGAAUUUUCUUUUGCGGCAGCUCGGCAACCAUAGCCCAAUUGGGUUGCAAACAAAAGCAACGUUUAAGGACUUCCAGCAUGCCAGCCGAGAGUAGAAAGCCACGUCUUGCCGAUACCAGACGUGCUGCCAUACAUUGCGCCGACUUGGAUUUGGAAUACUAUCGCCUACGAAGCUUUAGCAUUACAUCACAUGGUGUCUGCAAUUUAGGUGAUUCUCUAAGAAGCCGGAGAUCACGUUCAAUUAAUUCAGUAACAUCAACAGGUACUUCAAACAGUGGAAAGGAUCGUAACAACAGCAAUGCUUCAAGGACAUCUGGUGAUAUUAUAUUGGAACAGGACAAAAAAGACAUACAAGGAAAAAGUCAAAUUCCUGCCUAUAAAAUAGCAAUGUUGGGGGCUUCCGGUGUAGGCAAGACAGCUUUAACAUAUCAAUUUACUACAUCCGACUAUAUUUGUGCUUAUGACUUGAGUUUAGAUGAAGAUUACGGUCAAAAGACAGUGUCUGUCCUUGUUGAUGGAAUUGAAACGGACCUUGAAAUUAUCGAUCAUCCAGCAUGUGAAAUGUCGACAGAGGCAUUCUGUUCAACCUACAAUAUUGACUUGUUCGUUGUUGUAUAUUCUGUGGUCGAUAGGCCAUCAUUCAAAACAGCCGAAAAAGUGUUACACUAUUUGAAAGAAAGUGAAAUGCUUUUGACGCGUGGAGCAAUUCUUGUUGGCAAUAAAACGGAUCUGGAACGACAUCGAGAGGUUACGAGGCAAAAUGGUAGAAAAUUGGCAAAAGAAGUUGCCUGCAAGUUCAUUGAAACUUCUUCCGGUCUAGAUCACAAUGUCGAUGAACUCCUUGUCGGCGUUGUAGCUCAAGUCAAACUCAACCCCAAGCGUAUAUUAAAUCUCAGUGAAAAAGACCGCCAACGACUAAAUUUGCAAACAGCAAUUCAAAAGCACCGUCGCAUGCACAUUCAGCCUCGAAAAAUGGUUCGUCAAAUCAGCAUGUGUCAACAGGAACCAGAUGAAAACUCAUCUACCCCAGCAAAUCGAAAUAAAUUGGGACCAGUCCGAAAGACCAAUAAACGCACCCUAAAUCUCGAAAGCAUCCUCAAAAUGGGCGAAAGUGAAAUCGAAGAUGAGGACGAAGCAUGUCGCCUAAAAACAAAUCUGAGAAAUAAUCAAGACCAAUUCAAAAGCAUGACAAUCGGAAAAGGAAAUUCUGGUGAUAAUAUGGGGCCAAGUAGCUGCAAUUCAUCACCGAAAUCACGCAAUUCAUCGUACGAAUCGAGUUCUUUAUCUGGUGGUGGUGGCUGUGGCAGUGGUGGACGUAAGGAUUCAUGUCAUGUGGAGGCAAGUCUUUUGGAUGAUUGUAAUAAAAAGGCCGUUUCGAAGCUAACAAAUCGAACGAAAAUAUUUCUCUCGUCGGUGUUGAAAUUUAAAAAAGCCAUCAAUGUGAAAAGGAGGAGUUCGAGCAGUUGCAGUGAUUUGUUUGUCAUUUGAAUUGACAGGAUACAAUAAUGAAGGCGGGUGGGUGUGCGGUCGAAAUGAGAUUUGAAAAGGACAAUAAUGAAUCAAACAAUAUAAACAACAACUGUUAGGACUUUUAUUUAUAAAUCAGAUAGAUACACAUUUCCAUAUCAUGUGACAGAAAAGCGUAUGAGCUUAUUUUCUAUUUAUGUAAACUAAUACAAACAAACAAAAAGAAAUAUAAAAUUUUUCUAUCGGUAUACACUCUUUGUCAGGUUUCAGAUAGAAUAUUAUACAAAAUGUUUGAUAUAUUAUUUAUGAUUUUGUCCAUUUUAAGACUUUUUGAACUAUUUUUUUAGUAAUUUCUAUUUUGAAUGUGGCUUUUUAGCACACAAACAACAGUAUAAAAUAUAUAUUUUAAUUUUUAAAGUUGAGAGUGUGAAAACUGCUGAGCUGGCUAUACACUUAAUCUGAAAAAUAGGUUUUACAUUUAUACAUUAUUGAUUAUAUUGUAUGGACUUUGCCAAGAAAAUUUUUAGAUACGCCAUGAAGGUUCAUGUAGAAACAGAUAUAGAUACACAAAAAAUGUCAAAAAAGGUUUUAAAUCAUCUUUUAUACGAAAAUGUAUUUAAAUUAGGGUUAAACAACUCAUCUGUCUAGCAUACAUUUAUUUUUGAUCGCCAAAACUUCCUUUCUUUUUUUCUUGAUACAUUUUACUUAAGGUAU